AUGGAGAAAGAAAACCACUCAAUGGUGACAGAAUUUAUCUUUAUGGGAAUCACUCAAGACCCUCAGCUACAGAUCAUUUUCUUUGCGGUCUUCCUCUUGGUCUACUUGGUUAAUGUCAUGGGGAACAUUGGUAUGAUUAUCUUGAUCAUAAGAGACACUCAGCUUCACACCCCCAUGUACUUUUUCCUCUGUAACCUCUCUUUUGUUGACCUGGGAUACUCUUCAGCCAUUGCCCCCAGGAUGCUGGCUGACUUCUUAACAAAGCACAAGAUCAUCUCCUUCUCCAGCUGUGCCACCCAGUUUGCUUUUUUUGUAGGUUUUGUGGAUGCCGAAUGCUAUGUCCUGGCUGCCAUGGCCUAUGACCGUUUCGUGGCCAUCUGUCGACCUCUCCACUAUAGCACUCUCAUGUCCAAGCGAGUCUGUGUGGCUCUCAUGCUGGGCUCUUACCUGGCUGGCUUGGUGAGUUUAGUAGCCCACACUUCCCUCACCUUCAGUUUGAGUUACUGUGGUUCCAAUAUUAUCAACCACUUCUUCUGUGAAAUCCCACCUCUCUUAGCCCUCUCUUGCUCAGACACCUACAUCAGUGAGAUCUUGCUGUUCAGUCUGUGUGGCUUCAUUGAAUUCAGCACCAUCCUCAUCAUCUUCAUCUCGUAUGCCUUCAUCCUCAUUGCAAUCAUCAGAAUGCACUCAGCUGAAGGCCGCCAUAAGGCUUUCUCCACCUGUGGGUCUCACCUCACUGGAGUCACCCUUUUUUAUGGCACAGUCAUGUUUAUGUACCUGAGGCCAACAUCCAGCUACUCCCUGGACCAAGACAAGUGGGCCUCUGUGUUCUACACUAUUAUCAUCCCCAUGCUGAAUCCCUUGAUUUACAGUUUACGGAACAAGGAUGUGAAAGCUGCUUUCAAAAAACUAAUUGGAAAAAAACCUCAAUAG